AUGAAGCCACUGCUGCUCAAGAAAAAAGGUGUGACUUUUGGUUCCUUUAAGGUUUCCAAAGACAUUAGAUAUGCUGAUAAGAUGCCCAUUAUACCAUGGGGUCCAAGGUAUUCCAAGUCCCCCAAGAACGAUAUGUUGAUCAACCUUGCAAUCUCAGCUGUGUUUAGUGCAUGGAUUGCCAUCAAACGAAAUGUUGAGUACAAACCGUUGCAGUUCAUGUCCUUUGUGUUUGUUUACAGAAUUUUUGAGAAACUGAAAUCCUUUGAAGCACCUUCAACUCCAACAUAUAACGAGGAAGGUGAAGAAAAUGGACGAGGAUUGAAAAUGGGAAAGAGGCUUCUUCGGUCUCUUUCAUUAGUUUUCGCCUUUUCGGCUCUAUACUUGCUGCAUCCUUGGUAUGCUUACACUGGGAUCUUAAAUGUCAUCGAGUACAUGGGCAGCUCCAUACCUAUAGCCCUUUACAGUAACCAGGAACUUAUAGUGACGGCUUCAUCGGCUUUGAUGCUCUAUGUAAUGGCGUCGUAUUACAGAUAA